AUCUAGAGAAACCAAAGUUGAAAGUUUUUGUUUUGUUUUCCCUCUGUUUUUUCUUUCACUCCCCUCCCCUGGCGUGACACUACCAUGGUCAGAAAGCCAGUUGUGGCCACCAUCUCCAAAGGAGGUUACCUGCAGGGCAAUGUGAGCGGGAGGCUGCCCCCCAUGGGGGGCCAAGAGCCACCAGGGCAGGAGAAGGUGGUUCUGAAAAAGAAGAUCACUUUGCUGAGGGGGGUCUCCAUCAUCAUCGGCACCGUCAUCGGAUCGGGCAUCUUCAUCUCCCCCAAGGGCAUACUCCAGAGCACGGGCAGCGUGGGCAUGUCCCUGGUUUUCUGGUCUGCCUGUGGAGUACUGUCACUUUUUGGAGCCUUGUCCUAUGCCGAAUUGGGUACGAGCAUAAAGAAAUCUGGUGGUCAUUACACAUACAUUCUGGAGGUCUUUGGUCCUUUACUAGCUUUUGUCCGAGUCUGGGUGGAACUGCUCAUAAUACGGCCUGGAGCUACUGCUGUGAUAUCCCUGGCAUUUGGACGCUACAUUCUGGAACCAUUUUUUGUUCAAUGUGAAAUUCCUGAACUUGCAAUCAAGCUGGUUACAGCUGUGGGCAUCACUGUGGUGAUGGUCCUAAAUAGCAUGAGUGUCAGCUGGAGUGCCCGGAUCCAGAUUUUCCUAACCUUUUGCAAGCUCACAGCAAUUCUGAUAAUUAUAGUCCCUGGAGUUAUACAGCUAAUUAAAGGGCAAACACAGCACUUUGAAGAUGCAUUUUCAGGAAGAGAUGCAAAUCUAAUGGGGUUGCCCUUGGCUUUUUAUUAUGGGAUGUAUGCAUAUGCUGGUUGGUUUUACCUCAACUUUAUUACUGAAGAAGUAGAAAAUCCUGAAAGAACGAUCCCCCUUGCAAUCUGCAUUUCCAUGGCCAUCAUCACGGUUGGCUAUGUGCUAACAAACGUGGCCUAUUUUACAACCAUCAGCGCCGAGGAGCUGUUACAAUCCAGUGCUGUGGCAGUGACCUUCUCUGAGCGGCUGCUGGGAAAUUUCUCAUUAGCAGUCCCGAUCUUUGUUGCCCUCUCCUGCUUCGGCUCCAUGAACGGUGGCGUGUUCGCUGUCUCCAGGCUAUUCUAUGUCGCGUCUCGAGAAGGGCACCUUCCGGAAAUCCUCUCCAUGAUUCAUGUCCACAAGCAUACUCCUCUGCCAGCUGUUCUUGUUUUGCAUCCUUUGACGAUGAUAAUGCUCUUCUCUGGAGACCUCUACAGUCUUCUGAAUUUCCUCAGUUUUGCCAGGUGGCUUUUUAUGGGGCUGGUAGUUGCUGGGCUGAUUUAUCUUCGAUACAAACGCCCAGAUAUGCAUCGUCCUUUCAAGGUGCCUCUGUUCAUCCCAGCAUUGUUCUCCUUCACUUGCCUCUUCAUGGUUGUUCUCUCCCUUUACUCGGACCCAUUUAGCACUGGGGUUGGCUUCCUUAUCACGUUGACUGGAGUCCCUGCGUAUUAUCUCUUCAUUGUGUGGGACAAGAAACCCAAGUGGUUCAGACAGUUAUCAGACAGAAUAACCAGAACAUUACAGAUAAUACUACAAGUUGUACCAGAAGACUCUAAAGAAUUAUGAACUUAAUAUAUCAAAAUCUUGGCUAUCUGCCCAGGACUGAGAUACAGAAUGGAUCUUUAUUUCAAGAAAACACAACUUUGGUGAUGGACUAAAGGAACCGGUUAUUUCUAUUCAAAUUCUCUAAUGUAUUCAAACUAAUUUCUGAGCAAUUUACUGGUAACUCAAUGUAUCUGUAGAAAGCUAAUAAGCAAGUCACAUAGUGAGGCAAGCACAGGGUUGGAGUCUGGUGUUUACCCAUUGAGGUAAGAGAACGAGACAAGGGGCAUUGCCAACAGGGCUAUUCUCUGUAACAUUUCUUUUUUUUUUUUUUUUUUUUUUUUCGAGACAGGGUUUCUCUGUGUAGCUUUGCGCCUUUCCUGGAGCUCACUUGGUAGCCCAGGCUGGCCUCGAACUCACAGAGAUCCACCUGGCUCUGCCUCCCGAGUGCUGGCAUUAAAGGCGUGCGCCACCAACGCCCGGCCUCUGUAACAUUUCUUAUCAUGACUGAGAACCUUCAAAUAGAAGACCAAAGUGUUUUCUGUACAUAGGGGGUCUGUAUACAUAGCUUUACCUACUGGGACACCUAUACUGUGAAAAGUAUUUUCUAUUUUUCUGAAAAAAAUGUUAUUAUUGUGGCAAAGGGGCCAGAAAUAACUUUAUUUUACAUAGACCUUGGAUUGUUUUCCUUUAGUGACCAACGUGGCUGUCACUUAUAUUUCAAUGGCUUAUACUCAGAGCAUCAGAACAAAAGAUAGGGGAGUACUCUGUGUGUGUGUGUGUGUGUGUGUGUGUGUGUGUGUGUGUGUGUGUGUGUGUAGCUUGAGAUCGAAUUCAGGGCUUUGAAAAAGCCAGGCAAGCAUUCUACCUAUGACCUACAUCCAUACACCCUAAUUUUCGUGAAUGCAUUAAAGAAGCAUUUCUUGAGGCUAUGAUUUAUGAGGCAAUUCUAGGAAUUGUGUUUGAAUAAAAAUCAUGGAUAAUUUGUUAGGUUAAAUAUGAUUUCACUUAUUGUCAGGAGGUUUGAUCUUUGGAGUGUCACUUUGUUUUCAUCCUGGUUCCUUAGUUCCAGAAAAUGUGCACUUUUUGUAAGACAUCCACUGAUGAACCACCUCUUUGGUAAUUUUCUCCUUGAUGAAUAAAAUGAAAUUCUAAUCACUAUAGUACAGCAUCAACAUGGGAGAAAUUGUCCACGAAACUCUAAAUAUCAGGCUUUGUCCUUAUAACUACAUUUAUAUGCAGUAUUAGUCAUUCUAAUCACUUUCCCCUUUACUUUGUGGCUAUUUUUACAUGGUGAUGACUUCUGACAGUGUGUGCAUUCCCUUUACAGUUCUGUUAAAAUAUGUCUCUGGAUAAAAUGAUCUGGAUCAAUUAGAAAAAAAGCACAGAUUUACAUUAAAAACUAUGGAAGAAAUGUCACUCCUUAGUAAGACUUUCAACUGAUCUUUUAAAAAGUGUUUAAAAGUGUUCUUCUAAAUCUAAGCUUUUUUCAAUCAUUUCUUCACUUUUGGUACAAUUCAACUUGCAAAAGAGAUCACUGAGGACACAUCUAUUGGAAGGAGUUGUCAGUAUGUGUGUUCAGCUAGGUGGUGCUAGGUCAGAAGUAGAAAACACUGGGCAAUUUUCAAAUAAGGUUAAUGUAAUGAUGGGACUUUUAAAACUCUUACUUCUAACAUCCAAAAUUAAAUGUGCAGCACGGCCACACUAGGUUUCAUCUCUUAUAUUCUGACCACUUACAAAUGAGAUGUUUAAAAAAUUAUCCUAAUUAAUAAAAUCAUUGAGUUCAUAGUUAAUUGCCCAAAGUACAAAUGACGAUUUUAAUUUAGAGCAAUUCACCAAUUUAGCUUUUUUAAGUCUCAGUAACAUUUAACAUAUACUCAACGUUGUCUUUUUUUUUUUUUAAAGGCCACACAAAGUAUUUAUUUCCCUAAGUGAACCAGUAACAAUUCCUCCUGUUUUUGCUAACAUGGGCUAUUCCAAACCUUAUGUUUAGUCUCUAGAACCAAAAUAGUGUUACUUUGCUGACAUCUAUCUCUAGGAGAUGCCACUGGAGGUGCAUAUUUUUAUAUUGUUAUUUUUACACUAGACCUAUAAGAUUUAAUGUGGUGGUGUUUUCUUCUUCCCUAUGAAAUAGAGUAAAGCCGUGAAGAGAGUCCUGUGGGUUCUGGUUCCUGACCCUCCUGUUUCUCCUGCUGUUUGGUCUCAUAGUUAUCUUUGAUAACUACUUAUCUUUCCCUGUACCAGCUAGUCAGGGUACGCCUUGUCAUCGUCCUCCCUUUUCAAAGACUUUUUUUUUGUAGUGUUAAAUUUAUAAUGCCAUUGUAAUACCAUUUAGUGAAGCAUAAAAAAAAAAUCAGUAUUUCUUUAAAAUACUGUCAAUGGAGUUGCAUUUUGGCUUAUUUUGAAGUUAUACCCCAAGGGAACACAGCAUUUCUUUAAUUGUGGAAUUCAUGUUCAUAAUUGUUUUAUUGAGAGCUUAUAAACAGAUAUUUUUAUUUAGAAAUACUCCUGCCCACUUGUAAUGUGUGUUUUUAUAUGAAGUACUUUUUCUCAUAUUUUAGAUUAAUAAGCAUAUAUACACACGUGAUUACAUGUGUUAAUGUUUGUGCUGGUGUACAUAUUUGAAUGUUCAUAUAAAAUUAUGAUUUGAUUACUAUAACAGAAAGCUAGAUACAGCCUAAACAGUUUAAGAUAUGCAAUACUCUAUUUUCAAAUAUUCUUUGUUUAACAUACAAAGCCUUGAACAUGCAAUUUUUAUUUUUAUUUUUAUUUUUUUUAAAUUUUUUUGUUUUUUUUGAGACAGGGUUUCUCCAUAUAGUUUUGGUGCCUGUCCUGGAUCUUGCUCUGUAGCCCAGGCUGGCCUCGAACUCACAGAGAUCUGCCUGGCUCUGCCUCCCGAGUGCUGGGAUUAAAGGCAUGUGCCACCACUGCCCGGCUAAUAGGCAAUUUUUAAAGGAUCUAAUAAAGAUUUCCAAAAGUUGGGUGCAAUUUUAUUCUCCUCACACAAUUAUCAAUAUUUCCACUGAUGGGCAUUCUAGCAGUGCUGUUUUGUCUCUUAAAGCAUUAGAUUCUCCCCUUUGAUUUCAAGUGCCUCUUCUUACAAAUGGCGGCUUUGCUUAGCUGGCAGCAGAACCAGCACUUGUCUUUCUUCAUGAGAUUGGACAUUUGUCCUAGCAAACAUGACUGAAUCCAGUUCCACUUGUAAGAUUGUGCGUGUACAUCCACAGUCUGUGUGUUUGUCCCCCAGCCCUGUGGGCACAGGAUCAGGCCAGCUGACUGGCUUCUAUUCCCAGUGCUCUGCAGCUUUCGAUAACACUAAAGUAUGCAUAUGGAAACAUUUUUAUUUUUUUUCAGAUUGCCUUAUGUGUCUGCUAAAAUUGUUUCCUCAAUUGCCAUUUGAACAGCAACAGAUGGUUUUCAUGAAGACAAUUAUGUAGCAGAAGUCCUCAUAAGCUGGGAUCAGCUUUUGGCAAACGCACUGUUUUAUCUCAAUUUACAGGUGAAUGGGAUGCGAAGAAAGGGAGCAUCUCUCCCUUUUGUGGAUAUCUUAUAACUGAGGUGUGAAAAGACAACUCAGGGUCAGGGUACCAGGAAGUGCAGGGAGCCUAUGAUUAGCAGUAACCAUGUUUCUCUGUCCUACAACCAAGUCAGAGAACUCUCAAAGCUUGUCUGUUGGAUGUAAAUGAGUACCCUAAGAAGCUGAUUAAGCACUAGCAGUGGUGUCUCCAGGGCCCCCAAGCUCCUUCCAAGGUCCUAGCGUGGCUUUAGGAAGAUUGUGUUUUAAAAACAGAAGCCCCAGAAUUGGGCCUGGAGAGAUGGCUUAGCUUCCGAGAACACUUACUCUUCCUGCAGAGGACCUGAGUUCGAUUCCCAGCAUCCACAUGGUGGCUCGCAACCAUGGGUGACUACAGUUCCAGUGGGUCCAAUGCCCUAUUCUGACAUCUGUGUGCACAAGGCAUGCACACGGUGUAUGCACAUACAUUAAGACAAAACACUCAUAUAUAUAUAUAUAUAUAUAUAUAUAUAUAAAAUAAAUGUAUGUAAUUUUUUAAAGAGCAGGAAAAUUCCCUGUACAAUAUAUACUGUGGUAUCCACAUUUGUUUGUGAAUAAGAGAAAAAAAAUUCCUAUUAAUUUUCCAUUAAAAAGAACCAUAGAAUAUUUAUAAAAAUAUUUUAAAAUACUUAAAUGCCAUAUUAAUUGAAAUGUACACCUAAAAGUCAAUUGAUGGCUUUCUUAUAAGGUCUAUGUGAUAUAGAGGGCAAUGGUUUCAAUUGUGUUAUGCUGUGAUUAACAGAAAAGCAAUGAAUGAAGUUUUAUUUGUAGCUCUUUUUCUUAUUUUGGAAAGAAAUAGAUUUGCGAUUCCAAUGAAAAUGACUCAAGAAGCUUAUUUUAUUUGAGUGUCAUUUGCUUCAUAACAUUCUGUGUGUUGGUGCUGAUAGAGUACAUGAUGAUGUUUUGGGUCCCUAAUCAAUCAACCCAGGAAUUAAGUCAUGGCAUCAUUUAAUGGCAAGAAGCUUCUAGAGGAUAUAAAUUAGAGAAGAUAAUGAGUCAUUUGCAUAGCUUCUAUUUAUGUUAUAUAUGAGUAAAAGAAUUAUUGCCUGCGUAUGUAGUUUAGCUAAAUAUUCCCACAAAUAGUACUUCAAAAGUCUAUCUCAAUAUAUUUAAUAGCUGAAAGUGUGACCUCUAUGUAGGCCACUGACUGUUAGUGCUGUACUUUAAAAUAGAUGAUUUAACAGCCAAUUUUUAUAAGUAGUCCUUUAUUUUAUUGAAUUUUAAAAUUAUUUGGUAUCUCAAAAUAAGUGAUUUGUCUGUUUUUAUGUCACAUAUUGGUGCAAAAGCAUGAGUUAUGGCCACAUAGUUCACCAGUUCUUUAUUUUACGAGACAUUGUCCUUCUUUAUCAACUCAUGGCAAUACUGUUAAUGUUACUUUUUUCUUUUCUUCUUUUUUUAAAAAAUAAUUUCUGUUUCAUUUACAUAAAGCAACAGUUCCCUGUGUUUCAGUCUGUAAUACUGAUACUAUGUCUUCAAGAUGAUAACUAUAGAAAGACUCACUUCCCAAGAUUUCUUAAUGAAAAACCUGCCACUUUUAUUUAUUUUCUUGGAAUUGGCCCCCUGCUCUUCCUUAAUUCCACUUGGCUUGAAAUGCACAGUAUGGUUUCAGCCUCCAAACAGCUACCUGCUACAUGUGUCCUGUUUGGAUCACAGGUAUUUUAUCGUAUCAAUAACGGCCCACACAGUUUUGUAGGUAAUACUUUCAAAGAAAUGGUGACUCCUUAGGCACCUGAGAGCCGUGUGGAUGGCUGCAGCAAUUCAAAACUAAACACACUCCUCUACUUUAGUACACACACUGCUGAUUUUUAAACUGAAUUCAUUAUUGGUUAAAAGACCUGCUCGCUACGUCCUUGUUACCUCUUGAUGAGGCCACUAGAGGCAGUGUUGAAAGCCAGGGGAGAAAGAGAAGACUAAUGCUCAGCUACCUCUUUUGCAGCAGUAAUUGUAUUUUCAGCACUUCUGUGGUGGUAUUUUGCACAGCAUCUUGUGGGAAAAUGCAUUAGGUCUUUGGAUGUUUCAGCUCUAAGUGGGUUGUGCGUGGUCUGACUAGGAGGGGCAUUUUGAAGGUAGACCUCACAUGUUACUAAUGAAUGACCCUUAGUAGCCACAGACUCAGAACUACAGUCAUAUCUUAGUAGGAGACAAGUCAUUAUGGGUCCUUGCUCUUAGGAUUGAAGGGUCUUGUUUCAAAGAAUUUACAAAUUGAUCUUUUCCUAGAAUUUCUCCAUCAUUUUGCUUAUUAAAUACUAUAAUCAAAUAUUCUCUUAAAGUAGAAAAGUGCUUUGAAGAAAUUAAAAAAAAAAGCAACCAAAUUAUUUGCAAUGAAUGAAUGUUCAUAGCAGGAGAAAUUACUUACAUUAAAUUACUUUGCAUUCUAAUUAUUUCAGAUACUAGUCAAUAGCAUUUUUAUUACUCUGAAAGCAAAAAAUUCUGCAUCAUUAAGCCCAUCUUUUCCUAUAUCUAUGUAGAUAUGUGAUAGUGAUUAUUUGACAAACCACCAGAAUUCUCUUAUUAAUCUGAGGAACCUGACCAUCUUCUUGGAGAGACUUGCUUGCCAACCCUUUUCUCUGAGAUUUUCAUUGCUGCUGCUAUAAAAUCUGCAAAUAAAUUUUAACUAGGUUCUUCUUGAUAUUAUUCAUGUUCAGAGAGUUUCACUGUUAGGAAGUUCCUAGAAUCAGUCACAAUAGUAGUAUAUACUUCAUUUCAAAAGCUUGUAUACUUUGAAUGCAGACACUGGCCCAAAAUUUCUGUUUCUGUCAAGAGGUUUCAGCACAAUAGUAAUGAGGGUUAGUGGUGUUUUCCAACAUGUGGGAAUUUUGCAAGCAUAAGCAUCAGAUAUGUUUUCUACCUGUGCCAGACAUGAUGAAAAAAUAUGUAGUUAUGUCUCUCUAAUGCUGGCCCGGUUGCCUGUGGUUUUAUACUAAACACAUUCCAGAGAGCACACUACAACUGGCCUCUUGUGCUGGAUGCUUGGAGAGCUUAAUUUGCCUUCCCUCACAGAUAAGACUCAAAUCCUGAAUUUCAUAGUACAUAGUUCUUAUUGUAGUGAGACUUAUAUGGUAGUCAUGCACUGAGAAGGGGAAGCUGUCGUUAUUAAUUCAGAAUUCAGUCACUUCAUAUAGCUUGUUUAUUCUAGUAUAUCUGGUUUUACUUUGCUAAAAUAUGGGGUUGUAAAUUUAAUCUAAAUAUUUGGCAUACUAACUUUUUCCUCUUCCAUCAAGGACUAGAAAAAUUCUUAUGGGUGUUGGUUUGUUCCUAUUAAUGUAUUAGGCACUGUGGACAAACAUAUUUAACUCUCCUUUCAUACAUCUGCAAA